AUGUUUCGUAAAAGCCUUCUCGCUUGGCAUUUUAGUUUAAUUCUGUUAAUUGAUAACUCAAAUGGCUUAGAUGUUGAAUUCGAACUCCCACCCAGUCCCUAUUUAUCAGACUUCAAAAAAUGUGGACUCGACAGAAAGGGAUACAUUUGUGAUCCGGAUCAAAUCCUUGACCAUUCUGCUAGACAAUCAAUCAAUGAACUGUUAUUACAUUAUCCUCGUGAAACACCAUGUUUAUGUCGUCAUCCAUGUUUUAGAAAUGAAGUCAAUCAAAAUGCCAGACUUGUUGUAACAGCUCUAGUUUCGAAAACAUUUUCGGAUAAAAAUGCUUCAAUCAUACAAUAUGCAAAUAAUAUUCGAAAUAAAUGGAAAAUUGGAGCAUGUAAUGGCAACGAUGUUUUAAUUUUAAUUACAGAAAAAACUGUAAGCUUUAAUUGA